AUGGACAUACGGAGCGCAAAGGGAGAGCCGUCCCAACCGUGGCGAGUCAUCUGCCUGGUUUCUGUGGUGGUUUUGGGGGAUGUGGUUUGUGGACAGAUCCGUUACUCCGUACCGGAGGAACUCGAACACGGGGCAUUCGUCGGCAAUAUCGCCGAGGAUCUCGGCUUGGACGUGGAGCGGCUGUCCAUGCGCAGAUUCCGGAUCGUCGCGGGCACUAAACGGCAGUACCUGGAGGUGAAUCUGGAGAACGGGGUUUUGUUUGUCAACGAGAGGAUCGACCGCGAGGAACUGUGCGAGCAGAGCGCGUCCUGCUCUUUCCAUUUGCAAGUGGUGAUCGAAAACCCCCUCGAGCUGUACAGAGUGGAGGUGGAGAUUUCGGACGUGAACGACAACUCGCCCGGUUUCCCGUGGACCGAGUUCAACCUGGACAUAUCCGAGUCCGCCGUGCCGGGGUCGCGGUUCCCGCUAGAGAGCGCGCAGGACUUGGACGUUGGAACCAACUCCCUGCGCACCUACUUGCUGAGCGUAAACCAGCAUUUCGUUCUGGACAUACAAACGCGCAGCGACGGCAGUAAAUUCGCGGAGCUGGUCCUGGAGAGUCCUCUGGACCGAGAGAAGCAGAGCACACACCAGAUGGUCCUGACGGCGGUGGACGGAGGCGCGCCGGAGAGGUCCGGCACGGCGCAGAUCGACAUAACCGUCUUGGACGCGAACGACAACGCUCCAGUGUUCGACCAGUCGUUUUACAGAGUCCGGCUUGUCGAGAACGCACCCAGGGGUACAGUGGUGAUCAAGCUCAACGCGUCUGAUCUAGAUGAAGGGCCCAACGCGGACAUCACGUACUCCUUCAGCGGACACGCACCCGUCAAAGUGCGCGAGCUUUUCAGCGUCGACUCGCGCACGGGGGAGGUCAAAGUUAAAGGCUUGAUAGAUUACGAGAAGGCCAGGAUGCACGAGAUAUACGUGCAAGCCAAAGAUAAGGGCCCCUCUGCCGUGGCGGUCCACUGCAAGGUCCUGGUGAAUGUCCUGGAUAAAAACGACAACCUUCCAGAGGUGAUCCUAACAUCCGUGUCUACACCCGUCCAGGAGGACGCGCCGCCGGGCACGGUGAUAGCCGUCAUCAGCGUGAUGGACCGGGACUCCGGAGAGAAUGGAAACGUGGAUUGCGAGAUCCCGCAUCAUGUCCCCUUCCAGCUUCACUCCUCUUUCAAGAACUACUACACCUUGGUCACUUGUGACUAUCUGGACAGAGAGAACGUCGCUGAGUACAACAUCACCCUCACCGCCCGGGACAUGGGCGCCCCGCCACUGUUCACCCGCAAAACCAUUUUAGUCCAGGUGUCUGAUGUCAACGACAACGCGCCCCACUUCAAACAACCGUCGUACACCGUUUAUCUGACCGAGAACAACGCGCCAGGCGCGUCCAUCUGCUCGGUAGCGGCCCUGGAUCCAGACUCCGGCCAGAACGCGUAUCUCUCCUACUCUGUCCUGGAAGGAGACAUACAGGGGAUGCCCGUGUCCACGUACGUGUCCAUUAACUCCGACAACGGCAACAUUUACGCACUGCGCUCUUUUGACCACGAGCAACUCCGAAACUUCCAGAUCACCGUUCAAGCCCAAGACGCGGGCUUUCCGCCCCUGAGCGGCAACGUCUCGGUGAGCGUCUUCAUCCUGGACCAAAACGACAACGCGCCCGUCAUCAAGUCGCCCUUGCCCCAGAACGGCACGGCGGCCGCGGACGUGGUGCCGAGGUCGGCGGACGCCGGUCACCUGGUGACCAAAGUCACCGCGGCGGACGCGGACGCGGGUCAAAACUCGCGUCUGUUCUACCAGAUGCUGCAGGCGACAGACGCGACCUUGUUCAGCGUGGCUUUGUACACGGGCGAGAUCAGGACGAUUCGCCGGCUGGUGGAAAAAGACCCCACCAGGCAGAGACUGGUCAUUCUGGUCAAGGACAACGGUCAGCCGCCCCUCUCGGCCACUGUCUCCAUCACGCUGUCAGUUGUUGACAGCGCGCCGCCGUCGCAGCCCGACCCGGGCGAGCUCGCGCUCAGCGCGCAUUACAGCGCCGACCUCACGUUGUAUUUAAUGGUGUCCCUGGGCGCCGUCUCCUUCACGUUUCUACUGGCUAUCAUUGUCCUGGUUUCCAUAAAGCGGCUCCGGGGCGGGCAGUCCAUCCGAGGAUACGGUCCCUCCCUAUAUGGCUGCUGUCGCUCCCGGCCGGAGAGCUCGUCCGCCGCGGACGUGUUCAAAAAGUCCAACCUGAACGUGCAGGUGUCCGCCGGCGCCGCCGGUUUCGCCGAGGCGAGCGGCAACGGGGCUCUCUCGCAGGUCUACUGCUAUAAAAUGUGCCUGACGCCGGAACUGUCCAAAAGUGACUUCAUGUUUCUCAAGCCUUGCAGCCCGAUAAUGACCAUCCCGCAAAAUAACGCCAAGAGCACCGACUACCUGACGUCUGGCUGGAGCGCCCUGGACCGCGGCGAGCUGGCCAACAACAGGGCAGCGACUCCCAACGAGUUCAAGCAUGCACACAAAGACUGGACACUGACGAAGAACCAACGAAACUCAGCAUACAAGAGAUACAGUUCAGUAAAUAUGGAGAGCACUCUCCCACAUCAACCCAAACAUGACCAGCAUGACCCAGAUAGGUUUUCCUGCUCUGUGGCACCACAAUACUGGACCUGGGGAAAUCAGAUGCGUGACUGCAAGAUGUCUCUUGAGGAGGGAGGGGGUCCCAACUAUCCGUGGACUCCAAAAUGCACGCAGCCUCCUUCUGCGAUGGCAGCCCCAGACUACCUGCACAAUGUAUAUAUCCCUGGUACCCCAUCCGGCUACUGCACGCUGAAACCAGCGCCCAGAGGGGAACUGGAUGUGUACAACACCUUCUCCACGUUUGGGAAGAAAAGGAGGUUCCUCACAAACUACGAGCAAACUCUGGACAAAGAUGAUGGUCUGAUAACCAAUGAUAUCUUUAAAUGA